GUGAUGACGAGUCAACGGAGUUAACGCGAGGCGCGUCUUCCAGAACUCAGGCAGCUGCCAGGCCAGACCAGACCAGACAUCCUCGGACUUUUUAUCUACAUUACCUACACACACAUAAUUAUGGUCACGACUUUUCAGGUACGAUCAUUCAGCCAAUCUUAGAAGAUUGUUAAAAAGAACAUGUGUGGUCUUUUGAAAUAUGUUGAGCGGCUCAUUGUUUCUUACCUACUUCAGUCUUCAUUGAACUAGAACACUAGAACACUAGAACAGAACCUGCUACUAUCGAUAUUGAGAAUGUCGCCAUCAUCGUCACAAUUCACUGAUGCGGAUACUAUCCGUAUCCUCGUCGCCACUGAUAAUCAUGUGGGGUAUGAGGAGCGUGAUCCGAUCCGCGGUGACGAUAGUUGGAGAACUUUCGACGAGAUUAUGAACUUGGCCCGAGAGCAGGACGUCGAUAUGGUAUUAUUAGGUGGGGAUUUGUUCCAUGAUAAUAAGCCGUCCAGAAAGUCCUUAUAUCAAGUUAUGCGCUCGUUACGGAAAAACUGCCUUGGGAUGAAACCAUGUCAACUACAGUUCCUGAGCGAUGCAACCGAGGUCUUCCAAAGGGGGCUCGGACAUGUCAACUAUGAAGACCCCGAUGUCAACAUAGCCAUUCCCGUCUUCUCCAUCCACGGCAACCACGACGAUCCAAGCGGUGAGGGUAACUAUUGUUCUUUGGAUUUGCUUCAGAUGGCCGGGCUCGUCAAUUACUUUGGCCAGGUCCCCCGAGCGGAUGAAAUCGAAGCCAAACCUAUUCUCCUCCAGAAGAAUCUGACCAAGUUGGCACUCUACGGAAUAAGCAAUGUGCGCGAUGAACGUAUGUUCCGGAACUUUCGCGAUCAUAAUGUCAAGUGGUUCAGACCGAACCAGCAAUCGAGCGACUGGUUUAAUCUGCUUACUGUCCAUCAAAACCAUUCCGCACACACUGCCACUGGUUAUCUACCUGAAAACAUGCUACCAGAAUGGCUGGAUUUAAUCGUUUGGGGUCAUGAGCACGAGUGUUUGAUUGAUCCCAGUCAUAAUCCAGAGACUGGUUUCCAUGUCAUGCAACCAGGCUCCUCUGUUGCUACAUCCUUGGUGCCUGGAGAAGCUGUGGCUAAACAUGUCGCCGUAGUCAGCAUCACCGGAAGGGAUUUUAAAGUAGAAAAGCACCGACUAAAGUCAGUCCGACCCUUUAUGACUGCCGAAAUCGUGCUAGCAAACGACAAGAGAUUCAAAGGUCUGGAUAAAAAGAAGGAAAAUCGCCAGGAGCUCACGCGAAAACUGAUAGAUGUAGUCGAGGAAAUGAUUGAAGAGGCCAACGCAGAGUGGGACUCUAUACAAGAAGAGGAUCCAGGGAGCGGUCUGAGCAACAGUCGGCCACUACCCCUGAUCCGUUUGAAGGUUGAGUAUACUGCCCCGGAGGGAGGGCAGUAUGAUAUUGAGAACCCACAGCGAUUUUCCAACCGAUUUCAAGGGAAAGUUGCAAACAUAAACGACGUAGUCCACUUUUACCGCAAAAAGAUAGCACAGAGGAGGGCUACUGCCAAUGAAGGGCCGUCAGAAGAGCUGCUGGCAAGCUUAGAAGAGAUCGAAGAUAUCAAGGUUGACAAGCUAGUUGGGGAGUACCUUUCAGCACAGACACAGUCCUUGAAAAUCCUUCCCCAGGCACCAUUUGGUGAUGCAGUCAACCAGUUCGUUGACAAAGAUGACAAACAUGCAAUGGAGUCAUUCGUGAGCGAUUCGCUGUCGGAGCAAGUAAAGCAGAUGCUCAAACUUGAUGACAGGGAAGACGAUGAUCUGGAGACGAUAAUGGAAAUGGUCAAGGAGAGACUGGAGAAACAGUUUGCCACAGGCGCUUUGAAGCAAGCAAAAAGACGCAGAUACAAGCCAAAACCAGAUGAUUGGGACUCAGAUCUAGAUGGCCACUGGGAGGAUAGUCCCCAAGCGAUAGAUGAUUCGCCGACUACCACCGAGGCGAAAGCUCAAACGACUCAACCUAAAGGCCGGGGUAGAAAAGCCACAAAGGUUGUAGAAGAUGAAGAUGAAGACGAAGACAUGGAUGAUGUUGAGGAACAGCCGGUGCCAAAAGCAAGAGGAAGAGGUAGACCAUCGACAGCUAAGCCAAAGGCAACUCCCGCCAAGGCACCAGCAAAGAAAGCACCCGCUAAAGGACGCGGCCGCAAGGCACAGAUAUUUGAACAAAGCGACGAGGAGGAGGAAGAUGAUGUGGUGAUGGACGAUGAUGAUUACGACCCCCCUGCUCCUCCGCCACAGAAGCGUACUACGACGAGAGCCACAACAUCCAGAGCGGCGCCCAGUAGAUCACAAACAUCGCGGGCUACGCCAACGACCACUUCCAAGGCCGCCCCUAAGACGACGAAAAAGCAGACGACAUUGAACUUCUCACAGAAGGCAACCCAAGACGACCCGCUGGAGAUUAGUGACGAUGAAAUAUCGGACGACUUUGAGUCGGUUCCGGAGACUAGGACUCGUCGACGUUGAUGUAUUGCUGCUAUGACUAUUAGGUAUCGGAUAAACUCAUUCAUACCUGCUAUGUAUGUAGGUAUCUCACGCAAAGCUGAUGUUAUGGACUGGCUCAUGACAUAGAUUACCAAUAUUGCAAUUUGGAAUGCAUACCUACCUACUUAUGAGAGCUUGAUAGUGCUAAUGGUAUGGAAUAUCCUUGAAGUGAUGAGUACAAUCAUGCAGGUCAGCCAUAGCAUAGCAUAGUAGGCGGGGCUUUUGCAACAUCAAGUAAUAUGGUAUGAAUGAAUUGAGACUAUUAUUUACAA